GACGGCUCGGCUCUCCCCACGUCUGCCUCGAACAAAGGGGUCGUCGGCAGAAAGAGUGGCGAAGAGCCGCGCCGGUGGGCAAGGGGCAGCCCCGCGGCGGGUAGUAGCGGCGGCAGUCCACCCUCCCCGGGCUAUUGUGGCAACCGCGGAGGAGGAGGAGGAGGAGGAGGAGAAAGGCCGGGAGAUGGAAGAUGGAAGGAAGCGACGGUGGGGGAGAAGCAUUUGUUUGGGUUAAUGGUGCGUCAGUUCACUCCCAGAGUGUUGCCAAGGCCAAAUACGAAUUUUUAUUUGGUGAAUCAGAAAAUGAAAAUUCCUCAGACUCUGGUAGUUAUGGAGGUAGCACACUCCUCCCACACAACGUCACCAACGAAUUCCCGGAAUAUGGGACUGUGGAAGAAGAGGCCAAAACACUGGAAAUGUUAUCUGAGUUCCAUGGAGAGGCUUUAACGUGUGCUUCAGUUGGCCAGGCGGGUGGCCAGCAGUUUUGUGAACCUCAGGAGAAUGGCAGCCCCAGAGACGGAGCAAAGUUACAUUUUGAGGGUUUACAAGUACUUUCCAAAGAGGAAGAACUGCCCCAAACAGUUGACAAGCUAAGUGAGAGUGCAAAAAUCCCUCAAGAUUUACAAUCUGAAAAAGCACAUAGCACAGAGAAGAAUGCUUUUAGUUCGAAGAUGCAAAUGGAAACAGAAAGGAAGGCUGGCAGUAUGUUUGAAGAGGCAGCCAGAGAGAAAGUUCUUGCAGGCCAAGAAAAACCUUCAGAAAUGCCUCUUACAUCUGAAGCAACGGCGGAGAGAAAAUUGUACUGGAUCACUGAAGAGGACUCUAUGGUCUUAACUGUGGAAUUACAGCCUGAGACCUCGCAAACUGCUGAGGGUGGCCCUGCAAAGGUCCACGAAAUGUAUGAAACAAGUUGCCAUAUUCCUUUGGCAGGGCCAGAGAGCAGUGCCGAAGGCGCUGCUGGUGCUCUUGGUGGGGCCUGGGCAGACUUUGAGCGGGAAUUUUCUGUGUUUGACCCAGAAAAAGCAGGAAGAGCCUCUGAGAGGAGGGUAUCAAAAGAGACAGCAGUGAGCAAACAUGUAGAAUUUCAAGGGGUCGAAAUCCUUUGGAUACAAAAAACAGAGGAGCAGAAGGGAAUGGAGCACUCUGAAAUGGAUGGUGCAAAAAAGCAUACAUUCUCCAUGAUAUCAAACUACCACACUCCAUCUGCAGCCUCGCCUGAAUUAACUGGUUUGCCUGAGCGCCCCUGGAAUGUGUCCUGGGAGAACUUCAGACCUUUAGCUUCGCUGGCUGAAGGUGGAGAGGAUGAAGUUUUUGUAACAGAAAAGAAGAACUGGGCUCAAGAGAGGUCUGUAUCAGAGAAGGAAAGGCUAAUGGAGGAGGAAGAAGCAGUCAGUGGGAGAAUGGAAGAUGUCCUUGGGCAACCGCACUCUGAAGUCUCAACAGAUGUGUACAGCUCACAGUUUGAAAGCAUUCUGGACAAUGCUUCUUUAUAUUAUAGUGCCGAGUCGCUGGAAACAUUAUAUUCUGAGCCUGAUAGUUACUUCAGCUUUGAAAUGCCACUCACUCCAAUGAUCCAGCAACGCAUCAAGGAAGAUGCUCAGUUUUUAGAGAGGACUUCUGAUGUGAAGGUUGAGAAGGGCCCUUGUGAUGCAGUCUUCAAUGGCCUAGGAGAGGUGAAGGAUUCGGAGAUCACAGAUGCUGACAAUUUGGAAAGCAAUGCAAGACUGGAAUGCACAGCACCACUAGAUGCCACAGGGGACAUGGGAACCAGCGAUUUUCUGGAAAAGGAGGGGCAUGAAAACUUGAACCAUGAUUUUAUCAAUGGAACCACCAGUGGCAAUGUGGAAGCGGCCUGCAGGCUGGCAAAACGUCUUUAUCAUCUGGACAGAUUCAAGCGUUCCGAUGUAGCAAAGCACUUGGGGAAAAACAAUGAGUUCAGCAAACUUGUAGCUGAGGAAUACCUCAAGUUCUUUGACUUCACCGGCAUGUCUUUGGAUCACUCUCUCAGGACAUUCUUUAAAGCCUUUUCCCUCAUUGGUGAAACUCAGGAAAGAGAGAGAGUUUUAGUUCAUUUUUCCAACAGAUACUACCAGUGCAAUCCAAAUGCCAUUUCCACGCAAGAUGGAGUCCAUUGCCUCACGUGUGCAAUAAUGCUGCUUAACACUGACCUCCAUGGCCAUAACAUUGGCAAAAAGAUGUCAUGCCAAGAAUUCAUUGCCAACCUUCAGGGCAUGAAUGAAGGAAAAGAUUUCCCAAAGGAACUCUUGAAGGCUCUCUACAAUUCAAUCAAAAAUGAGAAACUUGAGUGGGCAGUAGACGACGAAGAAAAGAAAAAAUCACCCUCAGAUGGUACUGACGAAAAGGAUAAUGGAACCCAAUCCAAGACUGUCAAUCGUAUUGGAAAUUCCAAUAAUCCUUUCCUGGACAUUCCUCAUGACCCCAAUGCUGCUGUAUACAAGACAGGAUUCCUGGCACGCAAAAUCCAUGCUGAUAUGGAUGGGAAGAAGACUCCUCGAGGGAAGAGAGGAUGGAAAACAUUUUAUGCUGUUCUUAAAGGAACGGUCCUUUAUUUGCAAAAGGAUGAAUACAAACCCGACAAGGCUUUAUCAGAAGAAGACCUUAAGAAUGCAGUCAGUGUGCACCAUGCAUUGGCAUCGAAGGCGACAGACUACGAGAAAAAGCCAAAUGUCUUGAAGCUCAAGACAGCUGACUGGAGAGUCCUACUUUUCCAAGCUCAGAGCCCAGAAGAAAUGGAGUCAUGGAUCAAUAAGAUCAAUUCUGUAGCAGCUGUUUUCUCUGCCCCACCAUUUCCAGCUGCUAUUGGAUCCCAGAAGAAAUUUAGCCGCCCUCUCUUACCUGCCUCCACAACCAAAUUAUCUCAGGAUGAUCAGCUAAAAUCACAUGAAAGUAAACUGAAGCAAAUCUCCACUGAACUAGCUGAGCACCGCUCCUACCCUCCAGAUAAGAAACUUAAAGGCAAGGAAGUGGAGGACUACAAACUGAAAGAUCAUUACUUGGAAUUUGAGAAAACUCGCUAUGAAACAUAUGUGUCUCUCCUCAAAGAGGGUGCAGGAAAAGAGCUGGUGAGCACCGGUGAGAACGAUGGUCUGGGCCUGAAGAAAUGCCACUCAAGCCCCUCGUUAAACCAGGAAUCUCCUGUUAGUGCCAAGGUGAAACGUAACAUUUCUGAGAGGAAGGACUAUAGACCUGAAACCCCAAGCAUCAAGCAGAAGGUUACUUAGGGCAACAGAGUCGGGCCGGAGGAACAUCUUCCUGUCUCUCUUUCUCUCUCUUUCUCUCUCUCUUUAAUGACCUGCUCUUUGCAAAAACAAAACAAAAUUAACACAUCUGCCUGAAUGGGGUGUUAGUGACAUUUUCAACUGUAAAUUUUGUUGUUUCUGUACAGGUUGUUGGAGAUGUUUCGGCUUCAGCCUUGCAUUUGCCUAGUUAAUUUAUCAUAGAGCAACUGAUCUAAUCCUUUUAAAAAAGUGGGAGAAAACAAGGAGUGGGAGGGGAGAGAUUUCACGAUAUAUUUAUAUCUCUCUCAUCUUUUAUCUUCUUUGGUUGGCUUGUAAUGUUCAUCUCUUAAGUUGUCUGCUGCCUUUCAGCAGCAGGGGAAGUAACUGGAGCAAAAUAGAAGCUUAAUGAGUUUCCUAGCUUUAUGAACAGUUCCCUGCAUUUGCCAAGGUGGCAUUGACCCACCAUAGGAGAGGCUACAUGAAAGUGCUGGUGCGGUGCUACAUUUUGUAACCACGCACAAUGGGGAGCCCUGCCAGUAGCUAGGCUGUUAGACUGAACAGUUCUUGUGAUCUUUGAGAGGCCACUCAGUCAGGGACUGAAAUGGCUGGACAUAAAGAACUAAAAUGGAGGGAAGUGAGUCUGUGGAGGUGGAAAGGGAGGAAGGCCUUAGGUGAACAGAAGUGGUUCUGGCCAAAACCGGCCUUGCUUUUUCAUUUCUCUUAAUUGAAGGUCUGCACCAUUGCCCUCUCUGUUUUGUCAGCAAUUCACACAACCCUUAAGUUCCCAGCAGAGUAUCAUUGUGCAUUUGCUGUACAGACAGUUGUGAAGUGUAUUUAUGUUCCACUGGCAUGAUGACCUUCUCCAGAAAUUCAUGGAUGUUCAGGUUCUUUAUAAUCUAAUUGAUUGCAGGUGGGAUUUUUACUCUUAAUGCUGGAAAACCUGAAGCAGACAGCAUGUUACCCAGCUUUCAAGGAGGCCUAGAGAUGUGGCAUUCACAGUUAUGGAUUUUCUUUUUCUUGCAGCACCAUUCCAAAUAGCCUGCAUUGGCCAGAAGAUCCCUAUGUAGAUAUCUCUCCCCCUCACCAUGCCAGUCUUUUUCUUCCAAUCACAAAGAGAAAAGGAACUGGGAACAAGGAGAAUGGCUACAUGGUUAUCAAUCUUUCCAUGUAGUAUCAUUUUCCUAGUACAGGGCCGUAUUAGCUUUGACGUUUCCUCAAAGAUGACCAGGACAAAAUUACGACACCCUGCAGUGAAGCAGGGUGCAGUGAAGCACCCUAAGCAAAUGAAAAGAAAAGGAACCAACCAGAGUAAUGUGGGCUGAAAAGGUUUUUGAGGUCUAUGGUAAAGAACCAUUUAAAAAACAUGGCAGGUUACUCAGUUCGCCCCCAGAUCAAUGGCAACUCAAAGAAAAGGACACAUGUUGCAGUAUGCUGUUGAUUUAUAGGUCCUGGGAGGUGGAAUGUAUUUCUCUACUCAUGGUUGCAACCAGGACAGACUGGGUAACAUUCCCUAGACGUUGUUUGCUUUAGAAAUGAGGAGAAAAAAGACUAGAGAGAUGUAUGAUAGAACUUUAAAUUGUACUCCUAAAUGUAGAGUCCCAAACUGAAGGCUACAUUCACCAGGACACUCUACAGGGCAGCUAGUGAUGCUUUUCUGUUUUUCUCUGCAUCUCUGUGCUAAAAACCUUAUAUGCCUGGCAAUAGCAAUUAGAGCGGGUAAAUAGUUUCCAGUUAAUAAAAUGGGGGAUAAGAAUCAAGUAGGGACAGGCUACCUUAUAACCUACACUCUCUGAAGGAGAUUUGCCCUCAUGCUUUGAGAAUCUUCAGGUGUGUGCAUCACAAAGGAUGAAGCCCAUCCCUAAGGUAGACAGGUGGAUACUGGCAACAAGACUGGGUAACAAAAGGGAGAGUGGUGGUAUUUGAGUGGCAGUGGCCUGUGCAUUAUUCUGCAAUCUCUCCUUUUCCAUCUCUCCUUUUCCAUUGCUGGCUCAGACAAGCUGGCAAAAACUGUCCAGUUAAUUCAGAUGGGAGGCAUGGCUGUGAAGUGACAGGACUGAUUAGCCUUGUCUGUAAAGGAGGAGUGACCUUGCCUUCAGGGCCGUUCGUGUUUUGUCUGUGGUAAAAAACAAGGAAAGAGUUAAGAUGUCAUUAAAAGGUUGCCUGGGAGUGAGGAAAGUCCAGUAUUUUUAAGAGUGAGGACAGAGGUUAGAUAUGUGAAACAGAUCAUAUGAAAAAGAGAAGCCAUAGGCAUAAAGCAUUGAUGCAAUAACACACUGAGAUUUUAUGUGGCAUUUUCCAGAACUGGAGAUGGGAUAAGUUGAAUUAUUCAGGAGUCUUCUGCACUUAGCCUUUAUGGCUGUUUGCUGGGUGUUACUCAGUGGUUUGCGAACUCCAGAGUAGCAGUUUCUUCUUAGAGUGACUUGGAUGCAAGUUCUGACCUGGCAUUCAUAAUGAAGGGUGCAGUAGGAACAAUCAGCUGAUGACCUCCAGUGCAGGCUCAUCAACUGCUCAGCUGCACAUUCCUUUGCCCAGCUGCACAUUGCAUAAAAGAAACGGUGGUGUCUCUUGCCCCAUACCCAUGCAGCGGGGAGCCUGCUCUAGGGACCAGCUCCAGUGUAAUGCUGUCCAUUGGGUUGCCAAGAUGCAAAAGAAAGUAUGAUUCUUGUACCAACAGAACCACUUAGUUGUCAUUGCAGGUGCUGUCACUUCAGGUGCCCUCUUCUUUGGCACUGGCCUUGAUUUGACCCAUGCACCCUGCCUCGUACCUGAUGGAAAUACUGCCUGGCAGGGCAGAGAGCACCUGUCUUGGUCAGGCUGCCACAGGCCUUGCCUGGAAAGCAGAUGGCGAUGUGGGCAUCACUGGAGGCCCAGUUCAGGUACAGCUUCACAGCUGUGUCUUGGCAGUGCUUUCUAGAACAGUGUUGUUUUAAAAAAAAUGGAGUAGGGAACACUCUUCUUGAAGAGUGUGGGCCAUGGACUGGAAGCAUGUUUUGUGCCAAUCUUUAGUGGUGGACAUGUUCUGUAGGAAAGCUAGUACCUGACUCGGGGCUCCUGAUGAUGGAAUGCAUGAGUUUGUGCAUGGUUGCAGACAAAAUCUAAAGAAAAGGAGUGAACAUUAAAGUAUGGCAGACCCCCACCUUCCUUUCAUUUCCCUGUCACCCCUCCCCACCAAAUACGACUUUCUUUUUCCAUUUGCUUUUCAAAAUCAGCAGAGAAAAGUGGAGAGCCAACAGUGGGAAAAGAGAUUUGUUGCUAUCGAUGCUGCUAGUGCAGGAAGGAGAAAGCAGCCACUUGGGAAGAUCAGUAUGCUGAAGGGUAGAUCCCCAGAGAAAUGCCUGCUUUGCUCUUUCCCCCACAAGCAGAACAUACCUAAUAGCAUAUCAGAAGCAUCCCUCUGGGUCAUGUUUGUAUUCUCUUCUCCUGCUCCUUCCCCCCCCGCUCCUGGAGAAACGCUUAGGAAAGACCACAGGAUGGAAACUGCAUCCACAGCGUGGUUCUCUUAAAAAGGCUGAGUAACAGCUGGAUGCCUUCUGCUUCGUUACUGCGUUAUUUCAUGGUACUUCAAAUCACUGAAACGGCCCCUGAGACGGCUAUUUAAGUUGAACAAUUAAAAGCUGGAAUGUGCUUCAUGGGUACUCCUGUUCUCAGUGUGUGUACCCUAAUGAAUGCCGAAGCCUUAUUGUGAACAGCAGCACAGCAAAUAAUUGAAGCGCUGCCAUUUUGUGUGCAUGUGUUCUUUAUUUAUGUGCAGAAGCAUUAUUUAUUACUAGCAACGUGCACAUCAUGAUGAUGUGUGAAGCGUAUGCAGCGAGAGCGCCAGGAUCUCCCUUCAGGAGAGGGCAGUGCAUUUCCCGGGCAGAGUCUUCGUCCAUGAGGACCAAGCGGGCUUUGCCUUUACCGCAGCGCUGUCGCUGCAAGGGUAGCUCUGGCCCGUUCCUGUUAACUUCCAUGGGAUAAGGUCAGGGGAUGCACUUGAAGACACAGCUGAGGUGGAAGUGGAGCUUUCCCACUAUCCUGGGAGGUGCCACACUGGCUGCUGGCCACUGAGAAUUGAGUGCCUCCUACAUAGCCCUGUCUUGGAGAUCUGCUUCUUGGUCAUGCUGGAUCAUGACAGUAUGUUGAAAAGCAGCUUUGAUCUGUAAAGAUCUAACUAGUGUAUUCACUCAUGAGACAAACUCUAGUUGCUCUGGUCUCGCAUGGAAGGUGUGCGCCUUGCUGAUGGGAGAUACCUGUCGGACAAGAGUGUGUAUUUCCACUUCACCCACGGACAAGAGUGUGUAUUUCCACUUCACCCACGCAUCCCUGAACUUGGUGAAUUAUAUAUCUUGCUGCAUCCCCAUCUCUCACAUACGGCAUUGUUAGUUUGAGUUGAACUAAGACUGCUGCAUUUAAGUUAACGUGUAGAUUUUACUUCCUCCUUGUUUGGUAUUUGCUAGUAUUGCUCACUUUCUGCAGGGAUUGCAAGUCAGCGAUAGAAAAUGUGCAAGGCUCUUCUUUUUAAGAUCUCAGCACCUUUCUCCUGCACUUCAGGCAAUGUCUGCUAUAACAAGACUCUGUGCAUGUGUGUAUUGGUCUCCAUAUUGCAUUUUUAUACUGCGAAGGCUCUCCCAGUGUUCUCUCACUUUGCAUUUGACAGCUGGGGCAAAAAAAUAGAUCAGUGUGUAAUAGACUGCAUGUUCCAGUCCCAUGGGGGUUCUGUGACUUGGAUGGUUGUGUUGGUGGUUUCAUGCAGCAAACCUGUUCAGGUACAGAAUGUCAAGUGUUAAGACCACAGGGUGCCUUCUGUUUGAACCUUUUGAUGCUUAAGUGAUUUCUGUGGCCAGCAGCACUAUCAGCAGCUUUCUGAAAUACAGCCUUCCUUGCUGCUUCCUAGCCUACUUUCUCUCCCCAUCUCUUUUGGCCUUAAGCUUAAACCUAACCUUAAGCUCUGCUGCUAGUGUACCAAUUCCACUUUCCACAGCAGAGUACUGCAAAGGAGCUUAUGCUACUAUGUGUCUGUUAACUUACAUAGGUGCUUUGUGUAAUACAGUUACAAAUAUUAUUCAGGCUUCAAUUUUUCCCAAAGUAUUGAGAAUCCGCAUAGCCUUCAGGGUAGCAUAAAUCUGUGUUUGGGAUACCUGCCAAUGCUUAAUUCACUAUACAGGAACUAACUAGGCUAUGAAAUAUUCCGAACAGGCUUAUAAAUUGCCACUUACCUGCUCAUUUACAGCAGGGAAGAAUUGUAUUCAGAUAGGAACUCAAAUCAUCAUCACCAUCUUUUUCACAAUUUAGUAACAAAAAUAUGUGUGGGAGAUGGCCUUGUAGAAUGUGAAGGACACAUAACUUUUGUGGAUUUACUUGUGAAGCAUUUUCCUUGCAUUUACUUGCAAAUGCAUUCUCCUCUUCAGUGGAUGGCUUUUUGCAAGUCAGCCUGAUUUCUUUUAAACUGAAAUGGCUGGAAGUUAUUCCAAAUGCCGGUGGCUCCCUGCCAUGUGUGCACACUCAGAACUUUCUAUAUCUUCAGACAAAUCCAUCAUCCCAAGUUAACUAACCUGAGAUCUUAGGGACAAUCCUGUUUCAUUGUAAGGAGAUAAGAGUAUCUAUUUCACUUAGAGUAUCUUUUUACAAGGGAUGAAAGAAGGAAAGAAAACUCUUAGGAUAUUAGAAAAGCCACGGGGGAGCAAUCUAAUGGCUGCUAGACAGAAUGUGAAGAGCCACAAGGUAUUUUGGAUUCUCAGAACUGAGGCGGAGGAUGGUGCUUGGAGCUCCCCUUUUCCCUUGUAGUCAGCAUGGAAAGAACUGCACCAAAUAGUCUCCAAAGCUGGAAAAACAAUCUUGGAGAGGGGAAAAGGGAGUUGUUUUUAUGCGAAGGGAAAGACUAGAGAGGCCAGGGUAUGAGCUGUCCUGGGUCUCUCCAGCCUUCUUCCCUCCUCCUCCCAUGCACCCCUGCUAGAUGGGCUAAACAUGGAGGACGGGAAGGCUGAGACCACUGCUCCUUCUGCUCUGCAUAGGAUCCAUGUAAGCCUUCGAGUCCGGGAGCUUACAAGACUUGCAAAAGGAUUACACCUUUAGUCUAGUCAAUGUUCAAAGGAGUCAUUUGCACUCUCUCACUUUUAAAAUUGUGGAGCUCAGUGAGGUUUGGCAGAACAGUUGCUACAUGUUUGGUAUCAGCUUUCUAUCUUGCCGUUUCUAUAGCUUGGUGUUUUCCUUGAGCCAAAGUUAUGACCCAUUUAAUUUUCAGCUUUGAAGCAAGCCCUGCAUGCCAUUAUCAGCAAAGAGGCAAUUCAUUCACAUUCCCCAAACUGACUGGUCUGUCUGGGAAUUAGCCUUUGAUUUUAAAUUUCUCUUACAAACUGCCAAUGGCUGCUUUAUCUGAUACGUGGACCAACUAAAAGAUACAAGCACAUAUUUUUGUCAAGCAAGCACUAGGUCGGAUCUUGCUAGUCCAUUGCCACUUAUAGCAGUGAUCUGAAUCUGCAUGUGCGUAUUUUAAGGUGAGCUUCUAUUUCUCAGCUCCACAUCUGCAAAUGGUGCGAUGGUAACACUGGCCUACCUAUCCCCUCUUGUAAGAAUUUCUGGAAUAAUGGAUGUUCAGGACUUUAAAUACACCAGAUAUGCCCAAUGUUAAGAAUUGUUAUGCCUUGUAUUCUGUAUUCAUUUUGAAUUUUGAUUGGAAAUAAAAAUAUGCAGAAGGAAUAGACUCUGGUGGGUAAUACCCCAUUUGGAGAAUAGCCAAGCCAAUUAUAGGCAAGAUUAAGACCUCAAAACAGUUCCUUUUUCCAAGGCUGGAUCAGGUUGGUUCUUCUCACUUUCCUGAUUAAAAUGUCUGUAAAAAUUAUUUUGGAUAUCUUGCUAGUGACUUUUUCAAAUUGUAAGAUAUUUCCCCUGGACACAAAUGGUAGAAAUGAGGAGAGUUUUUACUGCAUGUUAAUUUUUCAUCGACUGGGAGAAUGGUUUGGUAAAUACAGUAUUUAACGUUUAUUUUGUUCCGGUAGUGAGUGAGACGUUGUAGGAUACAUGGCUCCUGUGGUAGAAUGCAAUAGAAAUAGUGAUUAUUUCUGUCUGCUUUAUUUUGGUUUUUAUCACUCCCAAAGCAACUGUGAAUGCGUAGAAACUACAGUGAACAGCUGGCUCUCUUGGGGAUGGAGUUUUAGAUAAGAGGCAGCCAGGAUUUUAAGCAAGUGAAAGUUGGGCCCAUAUGUAGGGAUUAUAUAUGCCACUUUGGACAUUUUUAAUGGAAAGGUAUGGCCCAAAUACAUUAUUGGAGGGCAUUUUCACAAAUGCCCCCUGUCAUCCCAGUUCAGCACUACUCAGCAGUGAAGCAUGCCUGCUGAAGUUGUCAUAGGAAUGAUACCGAAACCAAGACAGAGCUGGGUUUCAGAAGCAGAUUUUCAGCUCCAUUCUUGUGGAUUCAGGGGUGGGAUGUUCAGCAAGUUGUCUGGGUCUAGUGGAGUGCCCUGCCUGCACAUGCGCCAUCUUUUAGGAACCACGUCUAAAGCUACUUUGCUUCACAUAGCUGCUUAGUGCAGUGCCUGCAGAAAGGGCCAACAGUGUGGUUUAAUGGAUCCCAGGCUGAAGAACUAAGAACUCUUCCUGAAAUUCAUGAUACUCUUUGCUAGACAGCACAACCUGCUGGGUCAGAUAGACCCCCGGUCUGAUCCCAUUGUUGUUAGACACAAACUAAUACAAUAGGCCUUCAGAAAUUAUUGCUGGGCCCUUGAAAAAGGUGCUUGCUCUCCCCUAAUCAGGAUAGCUAAACUGGUACAGCAUUUCUUCUACAACCACCUCCCCCAGCAUGGUGCCCACCAGAUGUGCUGAACUACCAUGGCCAUCAUCCUCAGGCAGCAUGGCCAUUGGGCAAACACAUCUGGAGGGCACCACGACCAGCCUCAUCUGUGGGUGAAUAAUGAGUAAUUAUAUAAUCAGCAGCAUCUUUGUGCCUGACUCAUAUUAGGAUAUAUAGUCUCUCAUACACAAAUGCACUUAAUAAACUGGCACUUGGUUGUUUCAGAUAAAGAGAUACAAAAUUGAACAAGUGAUGUCUGCUAUUGGAUUAGGUGACCCUGUCCUCAGUAAUCAUUGUGACUUGUGUUUAAAGUUUUCUGUGAUUAGAAUAUCUGUCUAGAAUAUCUGAAGUGACUGAAAUUAUAAAAUGAUUGCAGCAGCUUGGGUGAAUAUAUAGCUGUAGCUAGCUUUCUAUUCUCCCUUGUGCAGAAUUCUGUGAGUUUCAAAAUCAUAUAUAUCGCUGCAGCAUUAGAGGUUAGUCCAGUAAUGAUGUCACUUUAUAUCCUUUGUAUCUCUUUAAAAAGUGGUGUGACUAACAGGUAUUUAGUGAAACUGAGGAGGAGUUGAUCUUGAUCAUUUCUAACAGAAAAGUGUCACCUCAAGCUGAUCUUUCAGCACCAUUCUUCUUUACCUAUUUGCUUUGUCACCUAGUGGUGACAAUUCCCUUGUAAAACCUGAUACUUGUGCGCUAUUUGUUUUUCCCGAGAGCUUAAAGAAUCUCUGUUAUGUGUUAGUAGGAGCAGUACAUAAAACUCCAUCAGGUGUACAUAGUAGUAUUGAAGUUGAAAUCUGCAGCUGUUUAUCAGAUCCAAUUUAUUUGUGUUUUGUGUCUGUUUCAGUAAAAACAGCUUAACUCAGCUUCUCCCUGGAGUUCUGCAGGAGGGCUGGGCCAGACCAAGGCUGUUCUAGGCCAAUGGCCUGUGUCAUGGGUGGCAAAGUCUUCACUUUAGAAUGAGAAGAACCCUGAAAAGAUGAUGCUCGACUUUACCCUUUCUUGGAUCAGCAAGAGGUUCUCAACUCUGGUUCUACUGAGGCAGACACAAUAAUUAACUAAAAUAGAAGGCACAUCUUCAGGUUCAAAGGCAUUACCUACAUCAAAGUUCUCUCAAAGAGAGUAGGCCAGACUUUAUCAAAGGUAAUCAACUCUGUCCUAAAGAUAUGCCUGUGUGUAACUGGUUAGAAGGCAACAUGGAGUAAACGGGCUGGUGGUGAGCAUUGCCCGGUACUGUGGUGGAGAACAGAAGUCACUAGAACCCCACGGAGUCAGGAGCAAAGAGCUUGAGCACAUAGUAUUCUUUCCCUCCAAAUCGUUUGCAACCAUUGGUACGCUUCUGUAAAAGGUUUUAGUCUAAUAUUUUCAUGUACAUUUGCCCAUAAAAUGAUUUGUCCUUGCUGGUAUGAGCUUAUACACUGUGAUCUCUCUGAGGGAUAGAAGAUGGUCAUCAUAGGGCAUAGUAGGAGGACAAAACAGUUAUUCCUGCAAUGUCAGCAACAAAACAUGGAUAAAAUACCUUGUUAAAAUUUUGUCUUCAAAUGGUUCCAAAAAAGUAAUCAUCUGUCAGUAUCCUAAUCUAAAAUCUAAGCAGCAACCAAGUUUGAACUGUAGACUACAGUAACCUUCAUUCUUUUCCAUGAUUUGAGAGUGGAACAGCAGACCGAAGUCAUAAGCAUAUUGGUAACCUGCUAAUCUAGCUUGUUCAAAUGUUGCCCUUCCAACUGUUCCUUGGCCAACUGCAUUAUAGACCAAAUCAGUUAAUCAAUCAGUCACUUUCUUUUGAGGUGUAGAGUAGAUUAUGUUCUGGCAGACAGGAGCCUGAAACUGCCACCUAUGAUACCUGGGUAGGUGCCAGGAUUCUGCCCUAGAAGGUUUUGAUUUCUCCCUAUGGGAACAUAAAGAGGCAAAGCACAACCUGUUGCCUUCAUACCAGUAGCCAAAGGGUCCAAAGCAUUUUCUCAAUAUUCUGUACAGGUACCAGAGAAUUUCCUUAAGAGCUCUCUUCCCUCUUCAUGGUACUGCAAAGGCAAUUUCAUAUUAAAUGAAGGCACUUAAUGGAGAUCCUCUUCCAUAGGGGGGGAAGGACUCGCUUAUGUGGAUAUUGUUUUAUAUCAUUGAAAUAAUAUUUUUGAGAUUAAGUUUACAUUUGCUUUUAUUUUUCUGUAUAUAAAUACACUCCCUCUGUUUUACCAUUGCUGGAGUCACCCCUUUAUGGUAUGCAGACAAUUUGCCCGAUGUCAUAAAGCUGUGAGAUAUUGUAGUCUUUCCCCCACCCCUUUCCUGUGUAUAUGUUCAUGACUAUGACAACUAUGUUUUGUUUUUUGUUUCUGGUUUUUAUAUAUAUAUAUAAAAGUUGGAAAAAUGUUGCUUUGGUGCAACAAAGCCUAAAGCCUUCUGAAUGGCUUUUUAUGUUUAUGAAAAAACGGACAAACCAGUGAAGGAUUUCACAUAUGUAUAUGAUAUAUGUAUAUGUAAAAAUAACAGUGAGAAAAGAAAUAAACCAAAUGUAUUUCA